AUACGAUACCCGUUGCAACAAUCCUACGCACACUAAUAAAACCGAUCGCACGCAUACGUAUAAGGGAAUAACUGUGUAAAAGAUAUGCAACAGAGGUGUUGUAAUAUUGGAUGAAUAGUGGCAAACUUGUGGCAAAAUGCGUAAUCACCAGCUGGUGAUUAAUAAACUAAGAGAAUAUUAUUUGUCUCGCUAGUUGAUUGUGUCAAAACUGAAUACGAACUGUAGCUGUUGUUUUGAUCAUGUUGCUAUUUGCCACACUACUACAUCUGGCUGAUGUUUACGUUUUCGUUGCUGACCUACAAAGAGAUUCAGACCAAAAAUAUGUAAAUGUUUUACCACACUAAAAUAUGGAAUCUUCCCGCUUUCCUUAUUUCGUAACUCUUUUCAUAGCAGUAGUUUUGCAAUAUGUACCAAAUGAAAAAAGUACCCCUAAAAGGCCAUUGGAAAAUGUAUGUGACUACGACCGUAACAUACUUUGUCCGGAAUGCGUCUCAAGUGACAUGGAGUGUAAUAAAAUUGAUGAUUUAUUUAAACUGCAGGAUGAUAAUGUAUUCAACAUUAUCAAUAACAUUUUCAAUUCACACACUACUAGAAUUGGUACGAUUGUUCAGGAAAAUAAAUUAGCAGUGAUGAAACAUUUAAAUCGUGAUAACACUAUCGAAAAAUUGUUACAAGAAUACUGUGACGCUUAUUCACUGACAAAACAAAACUGCCGUUGGGCACAGCACGAUGGAAGUGUAGAUCGAGCAAAAGAAUUUAUUACGACAUCAAUCCUUGAUAGUGCAAGGGUUGAAGGAUGCAUCUUUUGUCCAGCCACAAACAAUCGGCAAAGUUUGCAACGUUUUCUAAGCUUAUUCGAAUCGACUGAUAAUGAGCUGUGGAACUUGCUUGCGGUACGUACAAAUAUAGAGCCGCUGCUCAUCAAACUGUUAACUAAUUAUCACGAUGGGCCGCCGUUCUAUGUUCCAAAACUUUUGCACACAUUUGGCUUCUCCAUUAUUGAAAGCUACGCAGGAAAAACGUUGGAACAUUAUUACGAUUUUCCGUUGGUGACUCGUAUGCGCAUUGCUGCUGAACUCAUCAAGGCAGCAUUUAAGUUCACGGAAGGAAUACACGGAUUUCGUGUUUUUUUAACAGAUAUAAAUCCAGAUAACGUAGUAGUAAAUGUUAAAAACGAUAGCAAGCAAGUGUACGUAUCCAUCGUCGAUUUAGAUAAUGUCAUUUUACUGGAUAGCUGGGCGGAAACAUUUGUUACGAAUAAUACGCAUCAUGUGCACAGUAAAAUCGAAUGCAACGGAUGCUUUGCUUAUGUCCAGGAAGAUGUUUGCCGCUAUCAAAAUAGUGAUUUGAAUUUGUUUGCCACAUGCCAGUUACUGCUAGAAAAUUUAAAUGGACAUUAUGCUAAAGGAUUACUUCAUUACGAGAGUAAUGCUGAAGCAUUCCCAGUGCUUGGUGAAGCUUCGAAGAUGCUACAAAAUCUUCUGACAGAGUGUGUUUACUGUCAUCCACCGGAUUGCCAAAACAGAUCGCAUAUUUUGAAAGAUAUGCUUCACAUCAUAGAUCAAACAAUAAUUCAAUCGUAG